UUCCGUAUAUACAAACUACCGACGCGGGAGCACCGCGAGCUGUUGCCCUCUUGGUAUACGCGUGCACAAUGGAGGAACUGUACGGGCUGCACGUUUCCAUGGAGGCUGCUGUUCCGGAGGACCUGCAGGUUUCUCCGGGAGAAAGUUACCGCAAUCAUCAUCAUAGUUGUCACCUUCCUUUUAGUAGCUUUGUUCAUCCGCAAGGCUCGGCGUCCUUCCACCUGUGCGGGUCGGACCACCACCAGUUUUUGGUGCCGGGUUCGUCGGCCGCAUCGGAUGCGGGGUCUUGCAUGGUUGCUGUUGCGGACGACGGAGAGGAGGAAGAAGAUGACGUCGGCGACGAUGUCUCGAGAACGCUUCGAGCUAAAGUCGCUGCGCACCCUCUUUACCCUAAACUGCUCGAGGCGUACGUUGAUUGCCACAAGGUGGGUGCUCCACCGGAAGUAGCCGGUUUACUGGACGAAAUCCGGCGACAAAGUGACGACUUUUCUAUGGUCGCAGGAUCUGUUACCACUUGUCUCGGUUCGGAUCCCGAACUUGAUGAGUUCAUGGAAACUUACUACGGGAUGUUGGUGAAGUACAAAUCGGAUCUGUCAAGGCCGUUCGAGGAGGCAACCUCGUUCUUGAACACCAUGCGUGACCAGCUCAACACUCUUUGCCACGGGUCAUCUUCAUCAACCAACUAUCUUCACGUGACAGAAGAUUGCGCCGGGUCAUCUGAGGAAGAUCUUAGCGGAGGCGAGAUCGAUGUGUCCUCGGAGGGCAAUCGGUCCAGGGAAGACCUGGAACUUAAGGGCAAACUCCUGCACAAGUACAGUGGAUUCAUCGGGGCUCUAAAGCACGAGUUCUCCAAGAAGAAGAAGAAAGGGAAGCUGCCGCGGGAGGCCCGGCGGUUGCUGCUCGACUGGUGGAGCAUUCAUUACAACUGGCCAUACCCCACGGAAGCGGACAAGCUCGCGUUAGCAGAGGCGACGGGGCUGGACCAGAAGCAGAUCAACAACUGGUUCAUAAACCAGAGGAAGCGGCAUUGGAAGCAGGCCGAGAGCAUGCAGGCCGGCAUCAUGGAGAGUCUGUACGGACCGUUCUUCGCGAAUUAGUGAUAUCAGGUGUUAAUUGCAAAGAUUUCCUGUGUAGGAUCACUGUAUGAGUUGGGGAACCUUUCUGCCUCUUGGUUUUCCAUGCAAUUGAAGAUACUCUCCUUCUUUUUC